AUGGUUUACCAAGGAUAUGGUAGCACAACAAAUCCAAACUUGUCGUCAAGCGAUCAAAAUCGAAAGAUAUUUCUUGGUGGUUUAAAUUACCAUACAACAGAUGAAACAUUACGAACAUUUUGUUCGCGAUUUGGGAAAAUGACCGAUUGUCUCGUGAUGAGAAACGCCGAAGGCAAAUCUCGUGGCUUUGGUUUUGUCACUUAUGAAGAUACAUCAUCUGUCGAAGAAUUCAUGCGUUCAAGACCACAUACCAUCGAUAGUCGACAGAUCGAUCCAAAACGAGCCAUGCCACGAGAAGAGCAGAAUAGUACUGAGGCUCAUCUGACUGUUAAAAAAUUGUUCGUCGCUGGCCUACGCGAAGGUAUUACUGAAGAAAGUCUGCAACAAUACUUUUCACGUUUCGGUAAUGUCAUGGAAGUUCUCGUGAUGAAAGAUCGUGAUGGAAAACCUCGUGGUUUUGCAUUUGUUACAUUUGAUGAUUACGAUGCUGUCGACAAAGCUGUGCUCGAAAAACCCCAUAUAAUCAAUGGACGAAACUUAGACGUGAAAAAAGCUGUGCCAAAAGAGAAAAUGCAAGAAGAAUCUGGUAGCAAUCCUAGUGGCAACCUUGGCGGUGGUAAUGGUGGACCAGGCAUGGCACCGUUCAAUCGAAACAAUUCUUCAAACUAUUCCGGACCGAAAACAGGCCCUCCUGCAUCCAAUCAACCGCGAAACAAUUUCGGUUCAAUGAGGGACAAUUUCAAUAAUGGAAAUAACAAUUGGGAUAAUCAAGGUGCCAUGCCACGAAUGAAUACUCAAAAUCCAAAUUAUAAUCAACCGCCAACAGGACCCUACGGCCAGCAAGGCGGUUACAAUUCCAAUACAUCUGGAUUUAGUCCUUCUAUGACAUCGACCAGUGGCUAUCCCCAACCAUUCAGUCAAAUGGGACAAAGUCAACCACCCCCACCUCCUCCAUCUCAGCAAUCGUCUAUGAUGAGCUAUGAUAUGUAUAACAACAGUUCCAGUAUGCCAUUCAACAUGAAUCCGAACCAAACAUCAGCAUCGAAUUACAUGCAACCUAAUUCGUCAUCCUACGGAUCGAAUACACAACAAAGCUUCGGCAAUAACCCAAAUAGUUUCGGCAAUAUGAACAGUCCGUUCAAUUUGCCUCCUCCUCCACCACCACCAUCGUCGGGAGGAAAUGCUGGUUAUAGUAAUGUUCCAUCAGCGCCAACGCCAUUCGACAAUUCCAACUCGUACGGUAUUACUUCGCAAAAUUAUGGUAGUGGAAACUACGGUGGUAUGCCUCAACAACAGUCGCGUGGCGGAGGUCCCAUGCGCGGUGGAAGAGGUGGCGGCAACGGUGGCAAUUAUGGCGGCCCUCCGAGUGGCGACAGUAGUUAUGGCAAUCGUCCAGCUCCUUAUCCGUCACGGGGUGGACGUGGUAGCGGUCGAGGAGGUGGUCGCGGCCGUGGACGUGGUCAAUAA